AUGACCUAUAAGCUUAGUUCUACGCUUUCUGGACAUGACCAGGAUGUCAAGAGCUUGGUUAGCACCAUAAUUCACGAAUCGCCAGCUCUUGUGUCAGUUUCAAGAGAUUCUACAACUCGAACAUGGAAACAACCAAAUACAUCCACCAAGACAGCUUCUGAAAUUGUAUUUGUCUCUCCAACAAAGUCAUUCCUAAAUUCGGUUGCCGUAAUUUCAUUGCCACAACACCAAAACCACCAAUUUAUUGCUAGUGGUGGCCAAGAUGCAAUGAUUUACCUUACAGACUUAAGCGAGCUCGAACCCCACGGAUUAGACCAAGAUGCCAAAUUCCAGUUGAUUGGCCACGAAGGGAAUGUGUGUUCGAUGCAUUUUGCACAUGGCGAGUUUGUGUCGUCGUCAUGGGAUACGACUGCUAUUGUGUGGGAUCUUGAACAGUUCACUCCAAAGUAUGUGUUGAAAGGUCACGAGUCUUCAGUUUGGGACUGUAAAGUGCUCAACUCGAAUCAGUUUUUGACCGCUUCGGCAGAUCGGACAAUCAGAUUGUGGAAUGCUGAACACGAGGUGCUCAAAUACAUAGGCCACACGGAUGUCGUAAGGAAAUUAUUGGUGUUACCCAAUGGCAAGGAAUUUGUAUCAUGUUCAAACGAUGGAACGAUACGUAUUUGGAACUUACAAACAGGGGUAAAUGUCAAGACUCUCUAUGGCCAUGACUCAUUUGUUUACGACUUGGAGCUUUUGCCCAAUGGCAAUUUGGUGUCAACAGGAGAAGAUAGAACCGUAAGAAUAUGGGAUUUAGGUGGAGGGAAUAAUGAUGCAUUACAAGUCAUUACGUUGCCUUGCAUUUCGGUAUGGACAGUGGCUACACUUUCAAAUGGCGAUUUUGCUGUUGGUGGUUCCGAUAAUGAAAUCAGGGUUUUUACACUAAAUGAUGAACGAACGGCAACAGAAGAUGAGGUAUCCGAAUUUGCCAAAGCCGUGCAAUCCGCAUCAAUAUCUGAACAGUCCCUCGAUGAUUUGAAAAAAACAGACAUUCCAGGGAUAGAGGCUCUUUCAAGGCCUGGUAAGAAGGAAGGCUCAACAAUUAUGGUGAAGACCCCCGAGGGCAUGAUUGAAGCGCACCAAUGGUCUGGCGGACAAUGGCACAAGAUUGGUGAUGUGGUUGGAGGAGCCUCAAAUUCAGGAUCAAAAAAGGAAUACCAAGGCAAGCAAUACGACUAUGUGUUUGACGUGGAUAUCAAGGAUGGCGAGCCACCUUUGAAAUUACCAUACAACCUAAACCAGAACCCAUACGUUGUAGCUGAGAAGUUUCUAUCCGAUAAUGAGUUGCCUGCAACCUAUACUGAAGAAGUGGUACGGUUUUUGGAAACAAAUACCGCCGGAGCUAGUUUAAAUGAAAGUUCAGUUGUUCGUAAUAACAACCAACCUGGUAAUGGUAGUGGAAAUGAAAGUGAAUUAAUUGGACAGCAAUAUUUGAAUGAUCCAUAUUCUGAUGCUUACAAUAGGAAACAUAAGCAAACAAAGAGCCCUGAAAAGAUAGCCUUAACUUCAAUAGUACCCGUUAAGACCUAUAUUAAUUUCAUUGACUUUAAAAAAGAAACCCUUGUGAAUGGAUUGAAAAAACUCAAUCUGGCACAGGAAUCACAUAAAUUGGGCGAAGAGGAAAUAUGCGAUAUCGAGAGAAUUUUGGCAGGAAAUUUCACUUCAACCGACGCUGUGACUAUUGUUACAAAGUAUUCAAAAUAUAUCAUAGAGAACUGGAAACCUUCAUCUGUCCUUAUUGCAUUUGAUUUGUUGAGAGUUGCCCUUUCAAGAAUCACAACAGUGGAUCUCCUAAAGUCCACUGCAGUUGCACACGAUUUCUACUCCGAGCUUUCGAGAGGAUUGGACAUUGUGGAUUCUUCCAACCCAGCGCUCUUGAUGAUGAUUGUCAAAGUACUCAGCAAUAUUGUGGGUGACACUUUAUUCCUUCAACUGUUUAUCGAUCCAGUGGGUGAUAGCGAGUUUGAAUACAAUCCGAUAUUUAAGGAGUGCUUGUCAAGAAUCUUGACUCAAUUCGCGAAAAUAGAUACUGGCCACAAAUUGUACAGUUCGUUGCUGAUCGCUGUAGCCUCAUUCAUAUUUGACUUAUCCGUCUACCAAAUCAAGACUCCUGGCUUGCUUAAAUUCAAAGGUGACGACAAAGAUUCAAGAAUGGUUUCCGGUUUCACCGAUGAGACAAUCAAUAAAAUAGUAGAGUCCUCUUCGGAGGCGGCUUACAGGUUACUUGUAGCGUAUGGAAAUUUCAAAUUCGCUGCUUCAGGUACUGCAAGUUCUAUCAAGACUCCAUUGCCUGAAUGGGUGGAACACGCAGUUAAGAUCUACUCAUCAAAAAACGAAGUCAGAUUUGAAGAGUUGGCAAAAGACAUAAAGGCAUUAUAA